CUUUUCCUCUCCAAUCAGCUAGUAUAUAUAAGCCUCUCUGUUGCGCACCCACUCAUUGCCAGAUUGUUCUUUGCAACUCCGGCACGACUCUCCAGGACGAUUUUCUUUAGCUAACCCAGCUUGCCUCUGACCUGACUGUCGCGUCUGAUUCCAGGGAAACCUAUCAGCUGUCCAUCACUCACCUUGAAGUCAUCUUCCAUCCCACAACUAAACAGAGAACAAUGACACACAGUUCAGUUCUGCCUCUGCUGCUCCUAAUGGGGACGUGCUCAGCUUACACCUACCAAAAUGUGGCCUUGCGUGGAAAAGCAAGCCAGUCAUCGCGGUAUCCAGACCAUUAUGGAGAUGCAAACAAAGCUAUUGAUGGAAACCGUGAUUCUAACUAUCUUGAUGGUUCAUGCACCGCCACUACUGAGAUGACCAACCCCUGGUGGAGAGUGGACCUGCUGGAGUCCUACAUCGUCACCUCCAUCAUCAUCACCAAUAGAGGAGACUGCUGUUCAGAAAGGAUCAACGGGGCAGAGGUUCACAUCAGCAACUCUUUGCAAGACAAUGGUGCCGCAAACCCAGUGGAUGGUGUGAUUUCUCAAAUCCCUGCAGCCAGUUCUUUCACAAUGACGUUUACCGAACCUGUGGAGGGACGUUAUGUGACUUUGACUCUACCUGGUGUAAAAAAGCUCCUAACACUCUGCGAGGUGGAAGUCUACGGUUACCGUGCCCCAACAGGAGAGAACUUGGCACUCCAGGGAAAAGCUUCACAGUCCUCACUGAGUUCUUUCCAAGGCCUUGCUUACAAUGCCAUUGAUGGAAGUCGUGACAGUGUCUUUAGCCAUGGUUCAUGUGCCUACACAGGGUACAACCUCAACCCCUGGUGGCGUGUGGACCUGGUUGAAACCCACAAAAUAUUUUCUGUUAAGAUUACCAACACUCUCAAUAAUGGGCCAACACGACUUAAUGGAGCUGAGAUCAGAAUUGGAGAUUCUCUUGAAAACAAUGGCAACAGCAACCCCAGGUGUACUGUGAUCUCAAGCAUCCCUGCAGGUUUCACCGAAACCUUCCAGUGCAACGGGAUGGACGGUCGCUACGUCAACAUCUUCAUUCCUGAGAGACAUGAUUACCUGACGCUCUGUGAGGUGGAGGUGUACGGCUCCAGACUGGAUUAGGUCUGACAAGAAAGAUUUUCGACAAACAUUUUAUGCUGAUAAUCUUAUUGAUACUUCAAUUACAAUCAUAGCUUAAUCUUCUUUUGCUAGCUGCAUAUUGAUCUGACUCGCCAAAAUAUAAUGAAUAAUAACGAGUUAAUGUUUCCAUUCUGCUUUAAUUGUGUUCAACUGUCUCUUUUAUAAUUAAGAAAAUGUGGAAAGCGGCCAAUUUGGACUGCAACGGGACAUAUAUUAUCAUAUAUGAUGAUAGAAAUACAUUAUAGUCAAUCGGUUUAAUUGAAUAAAACAAAUACAGUUUUUACAGAAAUGCAUUAACUGAUCAGAUGUUCUCUGGUUUUAUUUUGUGCUUUUGAGGAAGUCACACCUAUUCUUUUUAUAAUGCCAUUUCAGAAUCAGUAUAACAAUCCUGAUGCAAAUGAUCUAAUCAAACUAUGAUCUAAAAACAUGUAUACUACAUGUUGCAAGAAUAAAAUGUUCCAUUUACUGGA